AUGUUUUCAUGUCUGAUUACAGAUGCGUCUGAUAUCAAAACAAAAUCAACUAGUUCUGCAGAUGAUAUUCCUGAAUAUCCAGAGCUUCAAGCAAUUAUUGGAUCCACGGUGUAUUUGCCAUGUAAUCUCAGCACCCCAUCCCGCGACGAUUCCAUUUCUUUGGUUCUGUGGUAUAAACGCGAAAAUCCAAAUCCAAUUUAUACCCUGGAUGCUCGCAGUUCCUUCACAGCUGAUUCAGCCAAGCACUUCUCGAGCAAGUACUUGGGAUCAAGAGCUUACUUUAAUGUCACAAUUAGAAAUCUGGGUCACUUGAGACUGAAUCCGGUGACGGAAGAGGAUGCGGGAGAAUACAGAUGUAGAGUGGAUUUUAAAAGAGGUCGCACUAUGAGUAGAUGGAUUACGUUAACUAUCGUUGUUCCUGUAAAGAAAGUUGUGAUAAAAGGAAAAGAUAAUUUCAGUUAUUCUGGAAUAAUUGGUCCAUUUAGAGAGGGAGAAGGUGUAACUUUGGUCUGUUUGGCCGUAGGGGGUUAUCCUACCCCUACACUAACAUGGCUUAAAGACUCCAAGACUCUCAGAAGCACUCCAGCGUUUGAAGAUCAGCGGUCUGUCAAGAGUGAAUUAGUUUUACAUUCUCUCAGAAGAGAAGACUUAUUGACUGUAUUGACUUGUCAAGCGUCCAAUAGUAACAUCACUGAGCCGAUUGAGACAUCUGUAACUAUCGAUAUGAUCUUGAAACCCUUAAAUGUACAGAUCUCCACCAUCUUCGGUUCUCUAAAAGUUGGAUCAAAAAUUGAGAUCAACUGUCAGAGUGAAGGAUCGAGACCACCAGCUGGGAUAUCUUGGAGAAAAGGUUUAGAAAACAUCGAUCACUUAGCUGUGCAAAACAUCUAUGGAAGCAUAACUUUCAGCACUCUUACUUUUGUUCCUAAAAUUGAAGAUCACAACAAAACGUUGACGUGUGAAGCUUUAAACCCAAAGCUUCCAAGAAGUUCCUUACACGACAGCUGGACUCUAAACAUUUUGUACCCACCUCAGCUUACUCUUGUCUUUGGUGCUAGCGUGCAACACGCACAUAUCCACGAAGGAAGUGACGUAUAUUUCGAAUGUAACAUUCAAUCCAACCCUUCAAUAACUGACAUUAAGUGGAUCUUUCAAGGUCAAAAUGUUGCUAAAGAUUCUCUUAGAGGUGUCAGCAUCCGAAAUCACUCACUUCAUCUCCAUAGUGUCGAUCAAAGUCACAAAGGCUCUUAUCAAUGUGAAGCCUUCAACUCUGAAGGAAAAGGUCAAAGUGAAGAAGUGUUACUUAAGAUAUAUU